AUGAAUCCAAAUCUCUGGAAUGUCAAAGAGAUGUUUAGCACUCCUAUAAAGAUGGGGCCUAACAAACCAUUGAACUGGACCAGUGAUUACAGCAGUAUGAGUGACUCUCAGUUCCUUUUUGGUUCCCAGUUCUGCCCGGAGAAUUCACAGUCAGCACUGACCCCACUUGAAUUGAGACAAGAAAAAAGUUCACAGCAAAAUUCUCAGGAUAACGAGCCCAGUAUUUUUGCCAAAUACCAGUCUAAACCACAGCUCUUUGGAGGGGAUGGAAAGGAGAAAGGACCAUUUAAUUUUCCAGCUGGAAGAUUCAAAGGUGUCUUGGAGCAAUUCGAAGAGAAUAAGAAAAAGAUCAAGGAAAAACAUGAUAACGAGCUUUUAAACACCUUUAUUUUGAACACUAAAGAGAGUCUUCAAAGGCUGCACUUUUCCUUAGAUAAGUUUGAAGAAACUCUGAAAUCUAUUUUGGAUGGCUUCGGAAGCUUUUCUAAGUCAAUGCAAGAAACGUCUCAAUCCCAUUAUGAAUUGGUACUGAGUGCUCUGAGAGACAAAAAUGAAAUGGAACAAGCAUUACUGGGAAUGGAGAAGAAAAGGCUGGAAAACAAAGAUACAGAGAUCUCAGAUCUGAAAUCCAGCCUGCAAUCACUGACGGAGAGUUUGGAGCAGCUUACAGCUCAGCAGAAAGAGCAGCACUUGAAGCUCUGUGAGCGGUUAGAACACCUGCAGCUCCCUAGUCUUCUGGCUGAUUUGCAAACAUUCAUUUCUGCACCCAGAGUACCAAUUCAUAUAAAGGACAGUGUUUCCCAGACUUCCCCAGACAUGAUGUCCAGACAGGUACCUGACAAUUCCCACUCACGUGAUGCUCCUCCAGGCAGCCAGGUCAUUUCUACUGUCACAGCCUCACAGGGCAAAGAAAAUGCUGACAUUCAGCAGAGUGGCCGUUUUCGGGCCGGGGGCCAUGAUGCCGACCAUCCUCAUUGCACCUGCUGCUUCAGUGCAGCCACCGCUGCAGGCAGCCACGAGGAAUGCUUGUUAUAUACUCAAGGACCAAGUCUAUCCACACCACUGAGGAAAGUGAUCAAGAAAGGCAGUCGGGCAAAGGGACUUAACACUCCAAAGGACCCACAGCUGAGCUGGACUCACAUCGACAGUGCAGACAGCCACAAAAAUGAGAAGCUGGCCAAAGAGAGCAUGGUACAAAGUAAAGGUGGAGGGCGAAGGAUGAAAAGAGAACCCCAAAAAUAUAGUGAGAGGAAAAUACUUUAUUCCUCCAGGAAAGGAGGAAAUUGUUCAAAGGUUACUACUAAUGCCAGACGAGGGUGUUCUAAGUCCAUCAAGUCUCCAUACCUUGCACUCCAGUUCCAUGAAAAUUCACAGACUAUACCAAAUAUGCAAGUAACGCCUGGAGUUAAAAAGAAAGUGGAUCUUUCUUGUUCAAAAAACAAUAGUUUCUGGGCAGGCUCCUCUCCGGAAAGCUCUUUUUCCGAAAACCAAGUGAGAUGGCUCAAUCUCUCUGAUGAUUACUCAUCUCCUUGUAGUAAACCAGCCCAGCAGAAGACUACAACAUAUUGUCCAUUAUUUUUUGACAGUGAUUUUUCUGAUUAAGA